AUGUCGAAAUAUCGCGCCAAGCUGAACGUGCAGCGCAUGGAUAGUGGCGUCGUGCCUGCUGCAGCCGAAUCGGGAGACGCCAUUGCCGUACGCCACCUAGCUAAGAUAAUAUUGGCGCAUUCAGGCCACUCCCUGUUGGCUUGUUAUCUUGGUGGGACGAAAAUCUUCAUUUUUCCUGUGAUGUCUGUGUGCUUCGAACUUCAUUUCAAUAUUUCUACAACUGAAACAGCCAAAAGGCUCUACCAUAGGCUGAGAUACGGACGCCUAAGGUUCCAAAAACGUGAGCUACCAAUGUGGUUGGUCACGAGGUCAUAUAUUCCCGAGAACAAGGGUCCAAUUGAGCGUGCUGAAUUCUACACUGAAUCAGCAAUCCCGCUUGUCCCUGCACAGCAUCUAUGCGAAGUUCAGGGGCUCAUGCGCCAGUGCACGCGCGAUUGUGAAUCAAAUCGCGCGAGGAUGCAACGUGGGUACCCCACGAAUUUUAAAUAUUGA